AUGAACAAUCUCAGGCAUGGCAGGCACUCAAGGACCUUUUUUUGGAGGUGUCGCAUCCAGAUGAUCGCUGGCAUCCCAGGCACACCAGGCCCUUUCCCGGAGCUUCUGGAGCAGGGUGGUCCCCGAAAGGCAUCCAUAUAUGCAAGCCACUUGUGCCAGGUCUUGGGAGCCGUUUUGUCAACCUCGUUGCUUGCUGGCUGGCUGGUUUUUUUGGCCACUCGUGAACGUGGGGGCCUGCUUCUGAGUCAUCAUGCGAGUAUUUGCAACAUCAUGAGAUGGGCGCAUGGGCCAUGCAGCCCGGGAAUUUGGAAACACGGUGACCUGAUCAGCCAGCGUUCCAACGUGGCUGAACCAAAAGGGAGGCGGCUGCAGCGAGAGAGUAACUCAGAACACGUUUUGGCUGCUGCGAGUGCUCCAUAUUUUGAUCAUGUUGUUUUGAUGCCACAGCAAUGCAGUCAAGAUGAGGAUACGCUAUACGAAUCACACAGACCGCUUACAGAAGAACUGUAG